CUGCCCUGCUCACUUCCAACUGCUGAUAUGACCACCAGACCGAAGCAACACCGCUGAAGCACUCAUCCACACCCAAACACGACCAUGUCUUCCAUCAUGAAGCUCACCGCGGUGGCCAUGACCAUCAUCUCCCUGGCCAACGGUGCACCGAACGACGCCAACGCGAAGACACUGAGGGUCACCUUCCGCCGUUUCUCCCAACCCGGUUGCACCGAGCAUUACCACAUCGCCAAGGACACGCAUCUCAAGGCCGGCCACUGCAAGACCUUUGGCAAGGACGAGCCGCCGUUCGAGAGCUUCAAGGUCGAGGGCCCGGAGAAGGGCAACUGGCAUAACAAGAAGUGCAGCGCCAUUGCCUACGACCAGCCGAAGUGCGUUGGCAAUGCCUUCACGAUGGAUGACUUCGAGCAAUCCGCCGGCGCCUGCGGCAACUGGCAAGCCCCCGGCGGCCGCAGCGUCUUCAUCAGAUGCGAGGACCGCCCCAAGCCAGCCCCCCUCCCGGUCGUCAUCUCCACCAUCCAAGUCAUCCCCACACCUUUCACAACAAUCACCAGCCAACCCAACGACGUCACGACCGUGACCAGCACCGUCCCGCACACCACCUCCACCUCCUCCAGCUCCUCGCGCUCUCCGCCCAAAACCCACACCGUCCUCGUCCACGCCGCUCCCGCUCCCGCCAGCUCGAGGACCAUGAGCACCGUCACCAAGGCCAUCACGCCAUUGACGACCAUCACCAUGAUGCCCGCCCCGGCCCCGACGUCGUCGGUUCAUUACCCGCACUGCUCGCUCAAGUGCGCUGGGGACGAUGAGGUGUCGAGCGAUGAUAUGGCGGCGGUGUUGUCGUCUUACCUGGGGAGGAAUGGGUACUAAGUCUCUCAUCGACGGGGUGGUUGACCAGCAUGAUGCGGCGUAAUCCUGUCGGACGGGUUCCUCACUUUCUGGACGUUGCAGUUUAGCAUUGGAGCUUUCGUGGUCGGACGAUAAAGGUGAUGGCGGCGAUGCUGUUGCUUUGCUCUUGAAUUUCUGUUGGCGCUGUUCCCGCCUUCGGUGGUGGAGGUUGGUGUUGUUGUGGCGUUGUACUUGUUGCUGGCUUGCUUGUUCUUGGGUUGGUCGUUCAUCUGUAGUUGGUCGAAGCUUUUUGCUGCACUUGCCUUUGGUGUUUUCCAUUACACUGCCAUUCGCUACGUGUUGCUUCGUCCUCGCCGCUGCCUCCUCGCCGCUGCCGUCACGCCGC